AUGGCAGCGAAUGUAGCUGGCUUGAUCCACACGCCGGGGGAACCGAUUGCACUCGAGGCUGUUGACCAGUGGGUUCCAGCAGACGGUGAGCUCCUGGUCCGAGUUGAGGCUGUCAACUUCAACCCCAUCGACGCCAAACUGCAGAGAUCGGAUCUGUUUCAAUCCACAUAUCCGCUGAUUGUUGGAUUCACCUUUGCCGGAACGGUCAUUGCCACGGGACGAGGCGUGGAGUCAGUGCAACGCGGCGAUCGAGUGGCGGUCGCUCGUUGGGGCCGGACCGGGGACGACCACCGAUUCGGUGCCCUGCAGCGAUACGCCCUGGCUCUGGAACAGAAUACGCUUCGCCUCGACCUGGAGAGCACUACCUUCGAGGUAGCCUCGGGGUUGAUCGCGAACCUGGCGACCGUAGUCUCAGCGCUCAGUAUCCAUAUGGGCCUUGCGAAGCCACCCUUGGAUGGUAGUGUCCAGCCACUCCCUCCCCCCCAUUCCAAUAUGGACGCUAGAAGGAAGCGACUUCUCGUAUACGGCGGAUCCUCGGCGGUUGGAGGGCUGGCCGUGCAAUAUGCGGCGGCGGCUGGGUAUGAGGUUGUCACCACCGCCUCCCCGGCCAAUCGCCCCUUGGUGAAGGCACGCAAGGCUGCUACACAUAUCAUCGAUCAUUGUCAACCCAGGGAAGAUCUCCUCGAUGAGAUCCGAGCCCAUGGUCCCUACGACGGUGGGAUCUUCGAGGCCAUUGGGUCCCAGACGACCACCCAGCUCAUGGCGGACUUGCUGCGGGAUACCGGGGGUCAGUUCUUCUCGACCAGCCCAUCCCCGGGUGAUGAUCGACUCCCGGCCAAUGUGACCAAGACAUGGUCGGGUUACAGCGAGGACUUGGUUACGAACCCAGAGAACCGGGAGUUGCGUGCAUGGUAUAUGGAGCGGUUUCUACCCCGGGUUCUGAAGAAUGGAACGAUAUGGCCGAACCCGGGGCUGUGGCUCCCAGGAGGGCUUCGCUCCGCUCAAAGAGCAUUGGUUUUGCUGCAUGAGGGGAAGGUCAGUGGGAAGAAGGUGUUGAUCAAUCCCCAAGAGUAG